AUGAGUUCACAGAAGAAGAGGCGAAAAACUGUCGGUCUGAAGCCAAAAGAACGUGCGCAAUGGCACAAAGGAACAUUAUGUCAGAUCCGAAAUGAGAGACCAAUAUUCAUUAAACCCUUGAGUGACUUACCAGAAGGAUAUAACAGAAAUAAGGAUGUAAAGAUGUAUUCUGACAACAUAUCUAAGUAUGUCCUACCCUUGAAAGGCGGAGAUUCCGUGGAGUUUGUCCUCGGUGACAGAGACAAGGAAAAACCAAUGGCGAGAAAAGUAAAGGUGAUCCAGUAUUCACAGCGCACAACCCAAGAACUGCUGGACUACAUUAAGAAGUUGACUGACGAUUUGAAAUCAGCUGAUUGUAAGAAUGUGCUUAUGGAAACGUUGUCCAGUACAGUCAUGUGGAGUUUUCUUGGAUCUCCUACUUUUGCAAAAGAUGGAGGUUUGUAAUAUUUCUAAGUAUACAAAACCUGAGAUAUAUUAAACCAAUUUGUUUAUUAGCCAGCUAGACUAUGAAUAUUGCUUUGCUGUUUGUCUUUAUUGUACUAUACAGUACUGUUUUUAUUGGAGGGCUGUCAAAAUGCUACCCAAGCCCCCUCCCUCACCGGGUGCUACGGUUCUGCUACAGCUACAAAGGUUAUUCUUCAGUCAAAACGUAUUUUGCUAUUCAUUUUUUUACACAGACGAUUCUGGAAGUGUAUGUUAUGUUGAAGAGUUUCUCGAGUUGCUCAAGUUAAUUUUACGUGUUGGCAAAGCUUCCAAAAAGCUUUUGGAGGAAAUGGUGAAGACGGUGGCACAGGGAAUGCUGUUUAAAGCAUCAAAUAAUGAAAGUCUACCAAUGAUGAUAAAAUCAAGCAGUUAUGUUGCUGAACAUGAUAUAUUUUACUUCCAAGAUACAAAGACCUAUUUAUCCACUGAGCUUAUUCGGAGUUUUUGUUAUGAAGUUGUUCGCCAAGUCUCGUCAGUGUCUCGCUGUCUCUUGCCUACAGUUAGUGCUAUCAAUGAUACUAUACAAAGCCAAUCCACGCAGAAUUUUUUAUUUGAAUUCCUAUCUCUUGCCCUAUCUGGAGAAAACGCCAUGAUUGGUGAUGAAGGUUUUUAUUCAUUUAUUUUUUAUUCAUUUGACAUUUUUAUUCAUUUGGUCGAUCCUGUCCUGUUGAGUAUACCUUCAUCUACGUGUAUAUUCUUAAAUUUACAGUGCGUCUACAGUAAGUGGGGGCACUUAGAGAACACUAACCAAUCACAUUGCAGAACAAAAAUUGAAAAAAUCAACAAACGGCGCAUCAGCCAAUCAGCAUUAGGCCAAAAACAAUUUGACCAAAUUAACGAAUGUCAAACGGUGAAAAUAGACUUGUAAAAGUAAACACUGCAGUUAAUGGCUUCCUGAAUCUUUCUUUUGAUUGGACGAGCUUUAGUUUGAUUAGAUUUUUCUUUUUGUUCUGCAAUGCGAUUGGUUAGUCUUCUCUAAGUGGCCCCACUUACAGUAGACGCACUGUAACACCUAUGUGUUCAUGUAUAAAAGGUUGUAUAGUUUUACAAAACACACAACAAACAUAACAGUAUGCAGUGCUUUCGAGUAACAUUCCCGUAGUAAGGUUUUAUAUGUUUAAUGUUUUUAGGCGUCUGGCAGGAGCUACCAUUUAUUCCGACUGAAAAUGAGUUGGCUGGUAAUUUGGUCGAAGCGGACAAACAUCUUUCUCCAGUGAAGAAUUCCUACCUGGAUCCAGAGUCUUACAUGGACACAUACUUCAGACUGCUCCGAGCAGAGACAUUUUCCGCUAUCCAACAUGGAAUAAAAGACCUCAAAGCAUGCGAACUGGAUGUGAGAGAUAUGAACGUGUAUCAUAAUGUGCAUCUAGCUGGCUUUGAGAUCCAAAAUGGCCGAUUCUCUCUCGCACUUCACUUCACGCCAGCUAGACUGGUCAAGAAUUGGAAAGCUUCGCCUCAACUCAUGUUCGGGAAUUUGGUGUGUGUAUCGCUAAACCGGAAGUUUGACGACGUCAUUUGGGCUGUGGUGUCCAAUAGGGAUGAAGAUAUUUUGAACAAACAUCAGAUCAUUAUGCUGGAGUUGAUAGAUGAGAACACCAAGAAAAUGAGCGAGAUUAUAAGUUCUCUACAAGCUCAUGCAGGUAAUUGUUUUUAACUAACACUUAGCAUACCAAUAGUGCCAUCCAGAUCUAGUUACUCAUUGUCCUGACUUGCAUUAACAUUCACACAAAGAGCUUAUUGGUAAAUUUGGUAGUAUACACAGACAAAUUAGUGUUUCGACUGACCCAGAUAGUUUUCUCACUUCAAUUCUUGUUUUUGAAAACAGGUUCGGCAGUCAUGGUAGAAUCACCGACUUAUUAUCACUCCCUCAGUCCUGUCCUACGAAGUUUAAAAGAAUUCGACAUGGAAAAUUUCCCCCUUAAAGCAGAAAUCAUUCAAGCCAGUCGUACACCACAUCUUCCAGAUUACCUACAGCAGACUGUGACAGUGAACACAAGUCCUAUUUACAAAGACGAUCCGUCAACAAAAAGCUUUUGGCACUUGUGGAACUCCCCCAAUGAUAUAUCUAAUGGAGAAAUGGACUUUCAACGGUUUCUGGAAGUAUUUAACAUACAUUCUAGUACAUCCCUGGAAGCAAGUCAAUGUGGAGCAUUGAAACAGGCUCUUAUGAAUAGGUUGGCUAUUAUACAAGGUAGGAACGAUAAUUUUGCCAAUCAUAGAGAGCUCAAGCAAUCGACGUUAAGCUAUCACUUUCUCUAAUGUGGGAUGAAACCUCAGAAUCGACGGGUUGGUUAGGCACUGUAGUCUCGCAUCCAACAUCUUCUGCAGUGUCUUCUAAUCGUUCUCUUAGUGUUGUACAUGUACGCCUUUCUUUUGAAAACUGACUAUAAUCUCUUUAUGACAUUUAAAGUGAUUAAUGGCUUGCUUCCAGAAUACGUAACACAACUAUUUCACACUUGUGAAAACAGUGGUUACGUACUGCGCAGUAGUAAUUUAAGCUGUCUCAACCUAAACCAAAAACGAAUUUCUUGAAAAAUAGCUUUUCGUACAGAGGAGCAGCGUAUUGGAACAACAUCCCAAUAAACUUGUUGAAAACCCUAAGAGAGUCAACAAGUUUAAAAUCUGUCCAUCAUCUAUUAAAUAAUCACAUCUUGUAAAUAAGUAAAUAAGUACAGUAAUUUUGUUUAGUUUAUUAGUAAUAAGUUUAUCCUUCUUUUAUAAUGUAUGUAUUUUCAGCACGGCCCUUUGAAAAUCACCUAUGUGAAAGGUUACCGUGUUUAAAGAUCAAUAAUAAUAAUAAUAAUAAUAAUCAUAAUAAUAAUGUUAUCUUUCCUAAAGGUCCACCAGGUUGUGGGAAGACAUUCAUCGGAGUGAAAAUCGUUCAGCUGUUGUUAUCUCUUAGUCCGAAGCUCGACAAACCCAUCUUACUGUUGACCUACAAGAACCACGCCCUUGACGAGUUCCUAAAACACAUGUUGGAAUUUUGUCAAAAAGAUGAUCUAGUUAGAAUUGGAAGCAGGUCGAAGGAGCCGAAGUUGGAAGAAUGUAAUCUUCAGUCAAUCAUGAGAUCGCUGAUGAGGGACAAGAGUUACAGCAAAGCAAUGUUUAUCGAGAUUCAAGAAACGAAAAAUGAAAUUGAUGAAGUGGCAACACAAAUCAAAGAGUUGUCCUCCCAAGUGGAUACAAGCUGUCACUUGACGAAGAAAAGUCUCAUUGGUGAGCUCAGCGAAGAGCAGUUGCGUUCACUUCUCGUUGACGCCGACUGGAAGAAAAGCGGACGCCUAAUAUACCGAGUGAAUACUAAAACAUUUGCGGAUAGAUCUUGGGUUGAAGCAUUGGUAGUCGCUAGUGCACAAAAUUUUGGCUCUGUUAAAAAUAUCUUGGAAACAGGAGUGGCCCAAAACGACGAAAACGCCGCUCAUUGCGUUAAAAUGUUCGACAAAGCGUUUCAAGUGUGGUUACCAGACAGGCAAGAUCUUCGACACGUGAAAGAAUUUCAAGCCGAGUUUGUUCUUCAUGUUCGCAGCGAGAGUAAGCAAAGAGGAGGAUCUUCAAACAUGCCUGUUGAUGGUGAUGACCAAGAUAGCGGUGAUGAAGAACACGUCAAAGAAUUACUUGAAACAAGAAUGGUUCCUGGCUUCAAGCAAGGCGAGAGAUCAAAAGAUGGUUUGGUUCUUUUUCAAUCCGUCAAGAACAACAGCAGCCAAGAUGUUCUGAUCGACAUUUCCGACUACCCUAACAACAUGGAAGUUGGUCCGCAAAUUCGUUCCGUGAAGAAUCUAUGGGACCUAAACAAGAUUGAGAGAUUGCAAUUUCUUUAUUGUAUUCUCAAAGAGAAGACAUCCAGCACGUCGGAAGAGUUUGACGAACUUAUUGAAAAGCUUAAGAGUCUGAAGAAUCGAAAAGAGGAAUUGGAAAUGAAUAAGAAAGUUGAAAUGCUGUCACAGAAAAAGAUCAUUGGUGUGACCAUCACAGGAGCGUCUAUUAAUCAUGAUCUUAUUCAUCAUAUUGGUCCAAGUGUCGUGAUUGUUGAGGAAGCUGCUGAAAUUCUUGAACCCGGUCUCCUAGCUGCGCUGACGCCAUCUAUUGAGCAUCUCAUUCUGAUUGGUGACCACAAACAACUCAGACCACAAGUUGAUACCUACGAAUUGUGCAAGAACUAUAAGUUUGAUAAGUCUAUGAUGGAGAGAUUGAUCGACGCUGAAUUCCCGUACAAAACCUUGACCAAGCAAAACCGAAUGCGUCCUGAAUUUUCAGCUCUACUACAAGAUAUUUACCCAGACCUGGAAGAUAAUUUGGAGCUAGUGUCUCAGAACGCACCUUUGAAAUGUAUCGGGAAGUCAAUGUUUUUUUGGUCACAUGGAUACCCCGAGAAACACGAUCGCACCUAUACGAAUGAAAAAGAAGCAGAGCGCAUCAUAGCUCUGGUUUUGUAUCUUCUAUGGAAUGCCUGUCGUCCGUCUGAGAUCACAGUGCUAUCAGCCUACCUCGGACAGACUAAACUUCUUAGAAACAAGUUGAAGCAAGCUAAGACCAAACAUCCGGAAUUAUUCCAAGAAACUGCCACUGACGAAGACAAAGAUGAGGGGAAUGGCGUGAAAGAAGGAUUCAUCGAAGUUCAAACCAUCGACAUGUACCAAGGUGAUGAAAACAAAUACGUCCUUGUCUCACUCGUGCGCUCUAACAACGAAAAUAAAAUUGGUUUCUUGAACCAGAUGAACCGUCGUUGCGUGGCACAGUCGAGGGCCAAGUGUGGUAUGUAUUUCAUUGGAAACCACAAUGUCCUAAGAGAUGCAAGAAAUUCUCCCUGGUACAGGAUGAUAAAUUCAAUGAUCGGACAAGAAUGUGCUGGAUAUGCCAUCCCUCUUCAAUGCACCAAACAUGCCACGUCGAGAUACGAAGCCAUUGAUGCAGACAAAGUGAAAGGAGUCAUGACUGAUCCUAAACAGCUGUGCAAUGAGAGAUGUGGUGACCUGUAUCCUUGUGGUAGACACAGCUGCAAGAGAUCUUGUUUACCUCGACACCAUCACGCAGUUUGUGUUGAAAUUGUUGAUGAUAUAUUCCCUGGCUGUGGCCAUCCUGUUAAACGUAAAUGCUCUACACCUCUUUCCCAACUGCGCUGUAAGAUAGAAGUAAGAGUUCGUCUGGGGUGUGGGCAUGAAACAAUGAAGGAAUGUCAUCAACGAACAUGUGAUAUUCGUUGUGAUGAAAAAGUCACUGCGGUUUUUCCAGCAUGCCGCCAUCAAACCGAAAAGAAAUGUUACGUGAGAAUUGAGGAUAUAUCAUGCACCCACCCCUGUGAGGAAAUGAAUUCAUGUGGUUUACAUCGCUGUGUUAAUCAGUGUGGAAAGCCUCAUGGCCAUGACAGCUGCCCCAAAAUGAUCGACUACAGAUUCCCUGGUUGCAACCAUCCUUCACCCAAAAAGAGAAGAUGUUCUGAACCAAUCACUUGGAAGUGCACUGCCACCGUGUACUUAAAGGGAUCCUGUGGUCAUCCAAUCCAGAAGCAAUGUUAUCAGAAAGAUAAUGAAGUAAAAUGCCCCUUUAAACCGUGUGGAAGAAAGCGAAAAUGCGGUCAUCCUUGUACAAAUGCGUGCGGAGACGACUGCGAGAAGGGUGAUUGCAAGAAUUGUCAUGAUAUCCACAAAGAAAAGAUGAAGAAAUUCCACGAAGAUGCAAAGAAGAGAGUCAAAGAUCUCGAAGAUAAGAUCAGCAAGAAAGCAGUGCCUACAUUUUCAGUUGAUCCAAUGUCCCGCUCUGGUCCAACGGCUGCAGAAUAUCAGAUGGUUAACGAUUUGGUGGUGAAAUUCGUACUACCAAUGCACAACUGGUUCCCUAAAGUCACCAGGAUUGAAAAAGUUACUAAUCUUGUUUUGGAAAAGAAAUUUGAAGAAGCAAAAUCCAGAGCAUUUGGGGAUUACAUCGACACAAAGUUCCAUGGUACAGAUGAUAACGGCGUGAGGGGUAUCACAAAAGAUGGUUUCAGAAUGCCAGAUCAGAAUCCUCCACCUACCAAACGCGGUAUGUAUGGCCAAGGAAUCUACUUCGCUACAGAUUCUUCCAAGAGCGCACAAAAGAUCUACACCAAAGGUUCCCAGAAACUUCUCCUCUGUCAAGUUAUUCUUGGAAAAUCGAAGACAGUUCAACAGGCUGACUACAAUUUGAACAAGCAGAAGUUGAGAUCUCAUGGAUACGAUUCCGUGUAUGCUCCUCGAGGAACAGCUGUGAAGAAUGAUGAGUUCGUGAUCUUUGAUCCAGAUCAAGCACUUCCUCAAUAUAUCAUUCAUUUCUCCGAUACCAACACCGUUCUACCACCUCCUCCAUCAGCCUACACCCCCCAGUCUAUUACUGUAAAGAAGAUGCAAGCAUCAAGAACGGUCAAUUUUCAAGAUCCGUUUCAAAUGUACUACACUUUCGCCGAGUGCCAUUUUAGAAGAAUGGCAGCUAAGGGUAAUCCACCUCUUACCCCGCAACAAGCUACGAUUUCCUCCAUUGAUAUUGUCAUCAAUAGGGAUCUUGAGAAGAAAUACGAAGCAACCAAAAGAAAAUUCCAAAGCCAGGGCAUUCCUGACCGAGAAAUUCUUGCUUAUCAUGGAACCAACAAAGUCAAUAUACCAAAUAUCCUGAAAACCAACUUGCAGUUGAGAUACGCCCAAAGACAAGCCUAUGGUAAAGGAAACUAUUUCUCUGAAUUCCCUGCAGUCAGUUUGGGUUAUGGCGAUGGUCUGCUCCUGUGUCGCAUUCUACCUGGAAACGAAUUCCUAGAUUCAAGCCGUCAUGAUAUACCCCAUGGUUACAAUUCAAAAAAAGUAUUAAGAAUGGCACCUAUGGGCGCAGCUGCCAACGCGAGUGGUGAAAUGAUCAUUAUUGAAAACUCUGAUCAGAUCUUGCCUUACUUUGUUAUCCAUCGUCAAUGA